AUGAAGUCCGCAGCCGACUCUUCACGGGAUGCCUGUUCCGAGCCUGCCCACAAAAAACCGCGAAACGCCUUCACUGAGCUCAUGGCCGCCAAACCCAGCUCCUCGCCUCUCCGGACAACGCGGCAGGUUCGUACAGACGAGCCUACCAAUCUUCGUGAUCCCAGGAACGGGCUAUAUGCGUAUGUGAAGGAUCCAAAGGCCUAUCCCAAGCAAGUCGUGCGUUUCAAUGAUGACUUUGUCCUGAUCCGCGACGCUUGGCCCAAGGCGAUUGUUCAUCUACUGCUUCUGCCAAGAAAUCCCAGCAAAUACGUGCUCCAUCCCCAUGAGGCCUUGAAAGACCCAGGGUUCCUGGCGCUCUGUCGGGCUGAAGCGGAGGACUGCAGAAAGCUCGCCGCAUCUGAGCUUGCUCGGCAACUUCAGCAAUACUCUGCCUCACAGCACAAGAGAACCGAGGCCAUGCUUUCCGAAGAUCCUCCUACGCCCGACCAACUGCCACCAGGACGUGAUUACACCGCGGAUAUCAGAGUGGGCUUCCAUGCUCAUCCAUCCAUGAACCAUCUACAUCUUCACAUAAUUUCUCGAGACAUGAUGUCGCCAUCAAUGAAGCACCCUAAGCACUACAACUCGUUCAAUACAGACUUCUUCUUGCCUCUGAAUGACUUCCCCUUUGCCGAAGAUGAUGUCAGGAGGACGGUUGCCUACCAAAAUGUCAGGAUCGGCAAAGAACAAGAUCUCAUCUGCUGGCGAUGCGACAAGAACUUUGGUCGCCAGUUCAAGAAGCUAAAAGAGCAUCUUGAUGAAGAAUUUACUGAGUGGAAGAGCGAGUGA